GAAAAUGGCAUCAUACGGAUGUUAUGGAUGGCCAUAUUAAGUAUUCCAUCAUGGCUGGCUGUAAGUAGCAGUCAGAAGGAUGGAAAUAAACAUUUCAUAUAUUCUCUGUAAUUUGUUCCAAAUUGCAGUUUGCAGUCAUCAUGCACCGAUGUCUGUUAAUAAGAGAAAAAAGGGACUGAAAUCAUGGCUGACAAUGAAACAAAGGACAGUAUUUUUAAAGCGAUAGAAGCAUGCACUACCGCUCAAUCAUUGAUAGUUAUAAAUGCACAACAUCUUGAUGGUUUGCGGACACAGUGUGCUAUUACUGCUGAUUUAACUCAACAAGAAAUUAGAAUUUUGGAAAGUAAACUUAUUAAACUAUUCAGCAAUCAGUUAGUUGCUAAAAGAAAAUGUCCCGAAAGUGCAUCCUUGCCAGAAUUAAAAAAAUUCCCUUGUCUGCAGAACUGGCUGCAGGUUGUUGGACUUUGUCCAGAGUCCAUGGAAAACAUAAGUACAAAAAUUUCCAAUAUGGAACUUCUUUUAAAAUUGCCUGAACAUGAGGUAAAGAAUCGCAUUGCAGAUGCUACAGAUGAUGAGAAAAGGAGACUGUUAAUUGCUCUUAGAAACUUAAAAGCUUAUACAGAAAGGCAAAUUCGAGGAGAAAUUAGCAAUGCCACGGACUUGGAUUUACAUUGGGAAUCUUGGGAUAUCAAUUCAACCAUUGGCUCCUCACCACGUACUCACCAUCAACGCAGAGUUGGUAGAUCUUCUGUACCCUCUGAAGAACUUUUAAAGAGUACGCCUACUCAUGGUCCUCAAUCACCCCCUACUAAUAUGAGCUCCAGCCUCCAUGGAGGGCAUCAUCUUGGUCACAUAUCCAUCUCUUCAUCAUCAUCUGUCAUUUCUUCAGCUCAUCAUGGCCCUUGGUCACCAACUCUCAACUCCACUUUAUCUCCAAAUUCACCUUCCCCUAGAGACAAAAGAUACACGCCACCUCCUACGCCUUCUAUGUCAGGUAAAAAAAGUGAGGGCAAAAAGUUUCCCACUACACCACCUCCUAUUAAAAAACAUCAGACUAAUCUUCUACCUGAGAUAUAUCCACUUACCAAGAGUAAAUCACAUGAAGAACACUUGGCCAAUAGGAUUGAGCAAGCAGAAAAUGUUGCACCCAGUUCCAACGACAAUGUCCCUCGUCGAAGGCUAGCUACAGAGCCAGGAUUAGAAUCAUCUGGUUUCUUUGCACCGAUGUCACCUUUACCGUCAUUUCCAAACAAGUCACCUCCUUUUAUUAGUCCUGAUCAACAAACUGAUGGAUGCUUCAUUGAAGAUACAUCAAAUCAAAACACAUCUGUUGCUGCACCAAGAUCUCCGAGACCUCAUGGAAUGGGUCAUGUCAUUCAUCAUCGGUUUACCUCUACUUUGAAGGUUACAAGUUGUCAUUUCUGUGAUAAAGCUAUGUUUUUAGGUUUUAAAUGUAAAGAAUGCAAAUAUCGCUGUCAUAGAGAUUGUGUUGAAAAAGUGCCUCCAUCUUGUGGCCUGCCCAAUGAAUUAGUUGAUGUUUUUGCCAAAACUAUGAAAAAUGAUGAAAAUCGAUCUCCCAUGCUCGGUAGAACUCAUGUAGCAAGCCCGGCUAAUGCCUUGAAAAGUGAAAGUUCUAAAGAACGUAAAUGGUCCAGACAUCAACAGCAAUUAAUAAAUCUUCCAGCCUUUCCUCCUCCUGAAUCUUCAUCUAACACCUCUUCUUGCAAUUCUUCUGCUCCUUCUUCGCCUGCAUUACUCAGUGUUGCUCAACAAACACCUCCUGCUGCUGCAAGAAUUCACCAGUUUCAAUUUCCAGAUGUGGACCCAACAAAAGGUAUUAUCUUAGAAACAAAGCCUUUUGUAAUUAAUGAAGUGGUUGAAACACAGAAAUCAAAUGACAGUGACAAAACAGUUGGCUCUGGAAGUACUGAUUCUGAAAAAACAUUAGCUGGUCGUGUAGAUUCUCAAGACAGCCAAGUUUCUGACAUAGAUCCUAGUGAAAGGUCAUGGCCCAGACAAAAUAGU